AUGAUGCUUUUACAUUAUGACAAUGAUAUGUGGGGUAGUGACGUGAAAGAUUUCAAGCCUGAGAGAUUUGCAGAAGGUGUGUCAAAGGCAACAAAGGAGCAAGCAUCAUACUUCCCUUUCGGUGGGGGUCCACGUACAUGUAUUGGGCAAAACUUUGCUAUGCUGGAAGCAAAACUGGCACUUGUUAUGAUUCUAAGAGGUUUCUCCUUUAAGCUUUCACCAUCGUACAAACAUGCUCCACAUACUAUUAUCACUUUGCAACCGCAGUUUGGUGCUCAAUUGGUUUUACGUAAACUUUAG